GAACUGCAUCUGUGGCUGGUGCAGGGCUUCUUGUCGCUCUGCGUAUCACCAAGAACAGGUUAUCAGAUCACACAGUGCUCUUCCAGGGAGCUGGAGAGGCUGCACUGGGGAUAGCAAACCUCAUUGUUAUGGCCAUGAAAAAAGAAGGAAUAUCUAAAGAUGCAGCUAUGAAAAGGAUAUGGAUGGUUGACUCAAAGGGAUUAAUAGUGAAGGGUCGUGCCUCACUAACAUCUGAGAAACAGCAUUUUGCCCAUGAACAUGCUGAAAUGAAAAAUCUAGAAGAUAUCGUUAGAGAUCUAAAACCAUCUGUGCUAAUAGGAGUUGCUGCAAUUGGUGGUGCUUUCACUAAACAAAUUCUUCAGGAUAUGGCUGCUUUGAACAAACGUCCUAUUAUUUUUGCUCUCAGCAAUCCUACCAGCAAAGCAGAAUGCACUGCUGAGCAGUGCUACAAAUAUACAGAGGGCCGAGGUAUUUUUGCCAGUGGAAGUCCUUUUAAUCCUGUCACUCUUCCAAAUGGACAAACUCUCUAUCCUGGACAGGGUAACAAUUCCUAUGUGUUCCCAGGAGUUGCCCUUGGUGUUAUUUCAUGUGGACUGAAACAUAUUGAUGAGGAUGUGUUCCUCACAACUGCUGAGGUAAUAGCUCAGCAAGUUUCGGAUGAGAAUUUACGGGAAGGUCGUCUGUACCCUCCGUUAGUCACUAUUCAGGAAGUAUCACUGAAAAUUGCUGUAAGGAUCGCAGAAGAAGCCUACAAGAAUAACACUGCCUCCACCUAUCCUCAGCCCAAGGACCUAGAAGCCUUCAUCCGCUCUCAGGUUUACAGUACCGAUUACAACAGCUUUUUGGCCGACUCCUACACCUGGCCUGCAGAAGCCAUGAAAGUGAAACUGUAAAUAUUGAAUGAAGAAUGAACAAACUAGCAGCAGCUAGGAAGCACUACAACAUCCAGAACAUCCCUGCCUGGAAAGCCUAAGAAUAGCUAAUUUUUUAAGAUGCAGAAAACUUUUUCUAAAUUGUAAUAUUCAGCUAGAAACUCAGAUCAAGAAAUCCUGUUAACUACACAUCAGAAAAUAAAAAGUUAAUCUGAGAAAUA